AUGGCCAGAACUGAUCCUGCACUGCGGGAAUUCCUAGGGCCCCUGAAACUCGACCAUGAAAGGCUCUAUCGCCUCUCGUAUCGUCUCUCUCUGACAUACCGCGAGCUGGCCGCGAGUUCUUCAGAGCAGUUCUUCCCCACUGCUACCACGCGUCUGCCGACAGGACGAGAAAAGGGCCGCUAUCUAGCGGUCUAUCUCGGCUUGUACUAUCUUCGAGUGGCUUUCAUCGAUCUACUGGGUGAAGAACAAAUAGGGAAACGUUCCCAUGUCCGACGCACCCUGGAGAAGGCAUGGCCGAUCGAAGACCGCCUGCGUCGAGAUCAGGCCAACUCUCUUUUCUCCUGGAUUGGAGAUUGCAUUGCCGAAGUGAUUCAUGAUGAUCUCGCCAAUUCAAAAGAGGAUGCGCCUUCGGAGCUGGCCAUGGGCAUUUCCUUCUGUUUCCCCAUUAAGCAAAAAUUCGUCAACGAGGCGAUUUUAAUGCCAACGGGCAAAGGAUUUGCACUAGGAUCCUCUCUCAAUCUUCAUCAAGCCCUUCUCGACGGCUAUGAAUGCCACACCCGACGCUCGGCGGACGAUGAUCCCGCCGAGAUGCCAGCAAAACGACGGAAACAAUAUUGUCUCCCUAAACUCAAGAUCUCUGUCAUGACUAAUGAUACUAUCUCUACGCUUGCAUCGCUAGCCUACUCCAUUCGAGCUCUGCCUAAUACCCGAGUCGUGAUGGGUCUCCUGGUGGGUGCGGGUUGCAACUCUGCUGUGCCUAUGAAACUCACCGAUCUGCAAGAAUCUAAGAUCCGUCAUAUUCGUGAGAAAGACCCGGAUGCAGUGGAGACAGUUGUUUCGACCGAGUGGACGCUGCGAGGUGCAACAGGGCCCUUGCAGGAACUCGACGUAGUGAGCAAGUGGGACACUGAGCUGGAUGCUCAUUCGAACGCGCCUGGGUUCCAGCCUCUGGAGUAUAUGGUGGGCGGUCGCUAUAUUGGUGAGUUGGUGCGCAUCAUCUGCACUAACUGGUUUAAUGGGAUCAAGGGACAUCCAACAUCCUCAAUGCCCGUGAAGUUGGUCAAUGAAUAUACCCUUACGACAGAUUUUCUAUCUCUGGUGGUGGCAUCAAGCCAUUCCGAUAAAACACUGGCAGAAGAAUUGGCACUAGAGUUGCCCGCUCCCGCUUCCAGUGAUUGGAAGUGGACUGCCGAGUAUGCUGGUCAUAUUCGCGCCAUCGCAGCCGCCGUGCAGGACCGGUCCGCUGCACUAGUUGCCGCCGGCACCGUUGGACUUCUGGCGUGCAUUCGUGAGAUUCAAUUACAAGGCAAAAAUCAUCCGGAGUCAACAGCAAAGGACUCGAAUGGAACUCAAGAGAAAUCGGCUCAAGAGCGAAAGAUUCCGGAAUUCGGAUCAUCAACACCGGGCUGGCUGAAGGGACCAGAAGAACUGGUUGUGGCUGUCAAUGGUGGAGUUAUACAGCAUUACCCGCAUUAUAAGGAGACCGUUCAGCGAUACAUCGACCGACUACUCAUCAGCGCUGGACCUCAAAGCGGAGGAAAGAGUGUUUUCCUUCGGGAAGCCAGCGAUGGAGGCAUCAUCGGCGUGGGUGUCCUAGCAGGCACUGUAGCCGGUAAUAUUGAUGGAAUCAUCGGGUCAACAUUUGAGAAAGAGACUGAGUCGGGUGAAGACCCUGAAAACCCCAUUCCUUCUCAAGAACCGAUCGGUUCCUAA